CUUCAAUCCAACAACAUGGGCUAUGAAAUACUGGGCGCACUGUGCCCGCUAUGCCUCCCAGCUUCAUGGGCACCAAAGCAGCAGUCCGCACCACGUUUACGCAACGGCCAUCGUGUCCGGAGUGUUGGAGCUCGUGCGGUUACAUUCACCUGGGACGCACGUUGUCAGGCCCGGCGUUGGUCCUUCCUGUUGCGGGAGGUCGGAAUGAGCGAUCUUUCUCUCUCCGGAUACACAGGGUAUCCUGUAUCGACUUGCUCCCUCACCUCGGGCAAAAAUGUCAUCACCGAUCAUACGCCUGGCAUGCUUGUAUCAAGAGCCUCCUCACUCGCUAAAGGUGGCAACCCACCCCACGCUGCCACCCAAAACCACUCACCGCCAGACCAACGUUAA